CCUGUCGCCUUUAUUAGUGUUAUUUUGCUGCCAAUCGUUGGGAACGCUGCAGAACACGCUAGUGCUAUCAUGUUUGCGAUGAAGGACAAGCUUGACAUAACUAUCGGAGUAGCAAUUGGGUCGUCUACUCAGAUUUCAAUAUUCCGUUUUGUGUAAUAGUUGGUUGGAUUAUGGGACAGCCUAUGGAUUUGAACUUUCAACUCUUCGAGACAGCUACACUAUUCAUCACAGUAUUAGUGGUGGCGUUUAUGCUUCAGGAAGGUCAAUCAAACUAUUUCAAAGGUUUGAUGCUUAUUUUGUGCUAUAUCAUCGUUGCUGCCAGUUUCUUUGUGCACAUUGAUCCAACAAAGGUGCAGAGGAUGAUUGAGUUGAUGGAGUGGUGAAGCUCCUGAUUCUUGACAACAUUCCGACUUCUUGUAAGAACACACUAACUCUAACUCCAAACUUAAAUGGAAAAUCGAAUACAUCCAAUUUUAUUUUUUAUGACCUCCAUACCAAAUUCAUAAAGUAUUUUAGUAUUAUAGUGAGUGCCAUAUCGAUCCCCUCUUUAUAUACCAUUUGUUUAUUUAUUACGCAUUUAAAAACCAUUUUUAUGACAACAUUUGUAGUACAAGUUAUAAAUUCUACUCAUAUAAAAAUAAUGAUAUACCCUCAAAUAAAAAAUGUUCAAUUUUAUAAGGUAGGUCAAUAUGUUAAUUAUACCAACUAUUCCUUGGACUUAUAUGGUUCUGAAUUUUGACUGUGGGCUGUAUUGUUAAUUUUUAAUGCCAAAUUGGAUCUAAAAUUAUUUUAUUAGGUGGUCUCUGCAACCCACAUGACCUGACCAAUAAUUUUCCAACCUACUAGAAAAAUAGUAUUAUGUGAAAUAUAAUCAAAAUUGUUGGUAUGGUAAAUACCAGUUGACAUACAAGAGAGUGACAAAAGGUAUUUUUGAUCAAGACUUUCCCCAUGAAAUAGAUAUACAUAUAAUUAGUAUCACUAAUAAUUCUUGGUCAACAAUUCGAUACAAUCAUAUUUAAUGAGUGAUGAUUUUGCCUUCAAAUAAAUCACUGUUGUAUUCACGUGGUUUUCACUUGAUUAAUUAGAUUUAUGCUAACAAAUUGUAUUAAUUGUAAAUCUACCGUUAAAUAGUAGAAUACGAUUUACAAAUAUAAUUAUGAUGUAUUGAUGUAUAGUAUAAUUCACCCAAAACUACUUAAUCCCCACUAAAAAAUCUUCUAUUUUUUCAAACAAAAAACUUGAAAGAUAAAAAAUGUCAUUUUCCUGGACUUAGUAGAAAUAAUUUCUAAGGUUAGUCAAUGAAGCAAAUAAAUGUCCAAUUUGAUAUACUCAUAUAUUAGUAUAACUAUAUAUCAAGACAUGACAUGUGCAUCUACCCAUUACCCAAUAUAUUAGUAUAAUAGUAACACAAGAAUCUAAUUCCCAAAUAAUUAUAUACUGAAAAAAAUAAUUAAAAAAUCGAUAUUGCGUUCCAAGACCCCUCCACUUUUCUUUAAAAAAUAAUGGUAAGUUUGACAGCAAACUGGAGUAUAUAUAUGAGUUACUUAUAUAGUAGUAGUACUACAUGAUAAUUCUUUUUACUACAAGAUGCUAAAGUCAUACCCACUAAAAUAUAUCCUUGUAUUGCAAAAUUGCAAGUGGGAGAUGACAGAUGUAGUAAUAGUUUUAUCCACCAUAGUAAGUAAAAACAUAUCCAAGAAUGGUGACUCUUGAUUGAUUUAUAUGUACUACACUAUACCAAAAAUAGCAUACAAACUACCCAACAUAAUAGAAAAAACUAGUAUAUAUUCCUAAUUUAAAAGUAAUAUAGGUUAGUAAAAAUAAUACUACUGUAGUAGGAGAUAUAUAAUGGCAGACGAACAAAUACCAAGUAAUAUAUGGUGAGUCGUAAUAAAGAAAGUCCACCAGCCAGCCGUCCCAAAAGUAAACGCUUUAUGAUACUCCCUCCGUCCCGGACUACUUGCACUUAUUUCCUUUCUGGGCGUCCCAAGUUAUUUGCACUCUUUUCAUUUUUAGUAAAAAUUAUCACAUGCAGCCGCAAUUGUUGACUUUGCUAUACACUCAUUCCUUAAUCUCCGUGCCGAAAAGGAAAUGUGCGAGUAGUCCGGGACGGUACAAUUUAGAGCCAAAGUUUAUAAUAUUGGGGCAUGUCAACAUCACCCCACUUUCUCUCUCUGUCUCUAUCCAUGGACAAUGGUAUGUAUCCCUUUGGAUCAAGAAAAGUGGUGGACUGGACUAAUCCCACAUAUCAUCACCCUCUUCUUAUGUUCAUCCCCUUCUCAUUCAUUCCCAUAUUCAUCAAACUCCAAUAUUAGUCUCAUCAUCCAAUCCAAUCCAAUCCACACCAGCCAUGCUCUUUGCAUUCCCCAAGCUCCGCCGCAUAUUGCCGCUCCUCCUCCUCCUCCUCCUCGUCUCCACCUCCCACGCAGCCGACUGCGACGCCCUCGCCUACUUCAAUCUCACCAUCACAGCCUCUCCCCCCCUCACUUGGUCCAUCUCCGAUAACUGCUGCACCUGGGAGGGCAUCGGCUGCGACGCCUCCGCCCGCGUGAUCACUCUACGCCUCCCGUCUCGCCGCCUCUCCGGCACAAUCUCCCCUUAUAUAACCAAUCUCACCUCCCUAACUCACAUCACCCUCUCCCACAACUCCCUAUCCGGCCCUCUCCCCGACAGAUUCUUCGCCUCCUUGCCUCGCCUACGUGUCGUUGAUCUCAGCUGGAACCGCCUCGCCGGGGAGCUCGACAAACUUCCACCUCAGAUCAACACAUUCAAUCUCUCAAGCAAUCAUUUUCAUGGAACAUUGCAGCUUUCCUUCUUCCAGCCUGCUCCGGACAUGGACUACUUCGACAUCAGCAAUAACAGCUUCACCGGAACAAUCCCGGCCUUCAUCUGUGGCUUCGCUCCCUCGAUCACGCGCCUCGACUUCACCAACAACGACAUGACCGGCCCAAUCGGUCCGGGUUUCAGGCAGUGCAAGAAUCUUCUUAGCCUGAGGGGAGGAUUUAACCUCCUCUCAGGUCAGAUUCCCGAAGAUAUUUAUGAUCUCCAGGAACUGCAAGAAUUGUCCUUUCCUGGCAACCAGCUCUCAGGACCAAUCGAUCAGAGGAUUCUCAAUCUUAACCACCUUAAAGUCCUCGCCUUGUACGGAAACGACUUCACCGGAGCCAUCCCACGUGACAUCGGAAAACUAUCCGAAUUGGAAGAGCUGCACCUCCACAUAAACAACCUCACUGGCACAAUACCACCCUCUCUAACAAACUGCACAUCCAUCAAAAUCUUGAAUUUGCGGGUGAAUCACCUCGAAGGCGAGCUUUCCUCGUUCGACUUCUCGAGCUUCACCCGCCUCCGAUCAGUUGAUCUCGGCAACAACAACUUCAGUGGCACCUUACCAACAACCCUUUUCUCUUGCAAGAUGCUCACCGCAAUCCGCCUCGCCACGAACAAGCUCACCGGAGAGAUACCGCCCGAGAUAGCUUCUCUGCAGUCGCUCUCAUUCCUAUCUCUCUCCAACAACACCUUAACAAACAUGACAACUGCAAUGAAGAUUCUCACGGGGUGCAAGAAUCUCACCACAUUGACCCUCUCAAAGAAUUUCUACGACGAAGCAAUGCCGGGGGACGAGGCCCUGAUCGCCCCCGGGAUGUUUCAAGAACUCCAAAUCCUGGCUCUAGGGGGCUGCAGGUUCACCGGCCCUGUCCCCCUGUGGCUCAAAGGGCUGGUUAAACUCGAGGUUCUCGACUUGUCUUUCAAUAACUUCACGGGCCCUGUUCCCGGCUGGUUCGGGCCAUUCCCGAACCUUUUCUACUUAGAUUUGUCGCAUAAUCUGUUGACAGGAUACUUCCCGAUGGAGCUUACUCGAAUGCAGCGGCUUGCAUCGAAGCAGAACCCCGACCAAGUCGACACCACGAGCUUAGAGCUGCCUGUGUUCGUGAGGCCGGACAACGCCUCCAACCUGCAAUAUAGUCAGCUCUCGAACCUUCCAACAGCAUUGUAUCUUGAUUAUAAUAACAUCAGUGGCACCAUCCCGGUUGAGAUUGGUCAGUUGAAGUUCAUCAUAGCCCUUGAUCUUAGCUACAACAACUUCUCCGGAAACAUUCCUGAUACAAUAUCUAGUCUCACUAACUUGGAGAGGCUGGACUUGUCCGGAAAUCACCUCUCCGGAAAAAUCCCGCCAUCGCUGCAGAAUCUACAUUUCCUGUCGUUUUUCAGCGUUGCACACAAUGACCUUGAAGGAGCAAUACCUACCGGAGGCCAGUUUGACACGUUCCCGAACACGAGCUUUGAGGGGAAUCUGCGGCUGUGUGGGCGCGUCCUGCAGCGGCCAUGCACUAACAACGUGUCGAGCAGCACGGCACCCUCGGGGGAAAGGAGAGGGAAUAGGAAGAAAACUAUCAUACUCACACUUGUGAUCUCUUCAAGUAUCUUCACCAUGAUUCUACUUCUUUAUUGCAUCUUUUCAAAGAGGCGAGUCCUACAAGUAGGCAAUGGUGAUGAGAAGGAUCUCGACACGAUGUCCUUCAACUCCUCGGGGGUGUUCCCCGAGGUAGCAAGGGACACCAGCCUUGUUAUACUGUUCAGGAACGACAACAGCAGAGUGGAGGAUCUCACGAUACUCGAUAUACUGAAGGCCACAGACAACUUCAACCAGUCGAAUAUCAUUGGCUGUGGGGGUUUCGGGUUGGUGUACAAAGCAACUCUUGCCAACGGCACAAAGCUUGCGAUCAAGAAACUCUCGGGAGACAUGGGGUUGAUGGAUAAGGAAUUCAAAGCAGAAGUGGAAGCCUUAUCCACAGCCCAACACAAAAACUUAGUCACUCUGCAGGGUUACUGCGUGCACGAUGGCUUCAGGCUGCUGAUAUACUCUUACAUGGAGAACGGGAGCCUCGACUACUGGCUGCACGAGAAGCCCGAUGGAGCAUCUCAGCUUAGCUGGCCAAUUCGUCUCAAGAUUGCUCAAGGCACGAGCUGUGGGGUGGCUUACAUGCACCAAAUAUGUGAACCGCAUAUCGUGCACCGUGACCUCAAGUCCAGUAACAUCCUCCUCGAUCAAAACUUUGUACCACAUGUAGCUGAUUUCGGGCUAGCGAGGUUGAUUCUUCCUUAUCGUACUCAUGUCACCACGGAGCUGGUUGGCACCCUCGGUUACAUUCCACCCGAAUACAGCCAGUCGUGGAUAGCGACCUUUAGAGGGGAUGUCUAUAGCUUUGGAGUCGUAAUGCUCGAGCUGCUAACUGGGAAGAGACCUGUUGAGCUGUUCAAGCCAAAGAUGUCUGGAGAAUUAGUUGUUUGGGUGCAUCAAAUGAGGAGCGAGGGAAGGCAAGAGGAAAUCUUCGACCCUCUCCUGAGAGGGAAAGGCUUUGAGGAAGAGAUGCUGCAAGUGCUUGAUGUUGCUUGUAUGUGUGUCAACCACAAUCCGUUCAAGAGGCCAACUAUAAAAGAAAUUGUUGAUUGGCUGAAAGAUGUAGGAUCCAACAGCCAGACUUCAUAAGGUGAAGAAUUCGUAAAUACAGAAGUAUGAGUUUGCUGUCAAUGCCGACAUAAAUCGAAAAAGUCAUGUUCAUAGGAAUUUUUUCUCCAUUCAUAAGCAGAUUUUGAUGUAAUGUAAGUAUUUUCAUGUUGUAAAUAGACAAAUUUUGCAUCCAUGGAAAGUCAUGUAUUGAACAGUUUGAUAGGUAGAGCUAAAUGUAGUUUCUUUUACAUGAACAAAUGAAAGUAAUAAUUCUCUUCCGAAACAAGAUCUUCAGUUAA